AUGUCUCUCUCGCUCUACACUCUAUGCAACAGUUUGAAGAAGAAGAGCUUCGAUGGCGUCACUUCUCGCUAAGUCGAAUCGUUUCCUCCUUAGACCUUCUGAGAUACCCAACUCUCUCUGUUCCCUUUCCUUCUUCAGACUGAUCUCUUCCAACAACGAACCCGAUGAUUUCACGCCCCCUUCUCCAUCAUCUCCACCUUCUCAAUCUCUCGUCAAAUCAAUCUGCUCACUGGUCUGUCACACCUACCUCCGUCAAACCCACGUCACACUAUCCCCUCACCGCGUCAACCUCGACCUCGACGCCAGCUCUCUCACCCACGAGCAAGCAAUCACCGUCGUCGCCUCCCUCGCGAGCGAAGCUGGCUCGAUGGUGGCUCUCUGCUUCUUCCACUGGUCACUGGGCUUCGAAAAGUUCCGACAUUUCAUGAGACUCUACCUCGUAACCGCCGAUUCGCUGAUCGCCAACGGAAACUUGGAGAAAGCUCACGAGGUGAUGAGGUGUAUGCUGAGGAAUUUCUCGGAGAUCGGGAGGUUGAGCGAGGCCGUUGGUAUGGUUAUGGAUAUGCAGAAUCAAGGGCUGUCUCCGAGCGUUAUAACACUGAACUGCGUUCUCGAGAUUGCGAUUGAGUCGGGGUUGAUUGAGUAUGCGGAGAACGUGUUCGACGAAAUGUCUGUGAGAGGAGUUCGUCCUGAUUCCACCUCUUUUAAGCUGAUGGUUAUUGGUUGUUUUAGAGACGGUAAGAUUCAGGAAGCUGAUAGGUGGCUUAACGGAAUGAUACAAAGAGGGUUUGUUCCUGAUAACGCCACGUGUACGUUGAUUCUCAGUGCCUUGUGUGAGAAUGGGUUAGUGAACAGAGCGAUAUGGUAUUUUCGUAAGAUGGUUGAUUUGGGUUUGAAGCCAAACUUGAUCAAUUUCACGGCUUUGAUUGAUGGGUUAUGCAAGAAGGGUAGUAUCAAGCAAGGUUUUGAGAUGUUGGAGGAGAUGGUUGGAGUUGGUUGGAAGCCGAAUGUGUAUACACACACGGCUUUGAUUGAUGGGUUGUGUAAAAGAGGGUGGACCGAGAGAGCGUUUAGGCUGUUUUUGAAACUCGUUCGUAGUGAUUGUUACAAGCCUAAUGUGCAUACUUAUACUUCGAUGAUUGGUGGGUAUUGCAAAGAAGAUAAGUUGAACCGUGCUGAGAUGUUGUUUAGCAGAAUGAAAGAGCAAGGUUUGUUUCCUAACGUGAAUACGUAUACAACGCUCAUUGAUGGUCAUUGUAAAGCUGGGAACUUUGAUAGAGCGUACGAGUUGAUGAAUUUGAUGGGUGAUGAAGGUUUUAGGCCGAAUAUUUAUACGUACAACGCUGUUGUAGACAGUCUCUGUAAGAAAUCAAGGGCGUCUGAAGCUUAUGAGUUGCUGAAUAAAGCGUUUUCUUGUGGACUAGAGGCUGAUGGAGUUACCUACACUAUUCUUAUUCAAGAACAGUGUAAGCAGAGUGACAUCAAGCAAGCUCUUGCGUUCUUCUGUCGGAUGAAUAAGACUGGUUUUGAAGCUGAUAUGCGUCUGAACAACAUAUUGAUAGCUGCAUUUUGUAGGCAAAAGAAGAUGAAGGAAAGUGAGAAGCUUUUUGGGUAUGUGGUGAGUCUUGGCUUGGUUCCAACGAAGGAGACUUAUACAUCCAUGAUUAGCGGGUAUUGUAAGGAAGGUGACAUUGAUCUAGCUUUGAAGUAUUUUAAUAACAUGAAGAGACAUGGUUGCGUUCCUGAUAGCUUCACUUAUGGUUCAUUAAUAAGCGGUCUCUGCAAGAAGUCUAUGGUAGAUCAAGCUUGUAAGCUUUACGAAGCAAUGAUUGACAAAGGUUUAUCUCCUUCUGAGGUGACUCGAGUCACAUUAGCGUAUGAGUACUGUAAGAGGAAUGAUUCGGCCAAUGCAAUGAUGUUGUUGGAACCGUUAGAUAAGAGGCUUUGGAUUAGAACGGUUAGGACACUAGUGAGAAAGUUGUGUAGCGAGAAGAAAGUUGGAGUGGCAGCUCUGUUCUAUCAGAAACUGUUGGAGAAAGAUGGUAGUAGCCUUGAUCGUGUUACUUUAGCUGCUUUCACUACGGCUUGCUCUGAGUCUGGUAAAAACAACCUUGUUACUGAUUUGACUGAGAGAGUCUCCAGAGGAGUAGGCUAGAAAGUGGUUUAUAUCUCUGAUAAGAGUUGGAGAGUGUAUCAUCGCAAGAGGUUGAAGAGUUUAGUGAACAAUGAAGUGAAGAAGUGAUCUGCUUAUUAAGAAUUGGAUUUGAACGAAGAGUUGGUUUUGGCGUUAUGGAGAGGUAGUUAUGGCAGUUAGAGUUGAUCGAGCUGAGUCCACAGGAAUAAGAGUCUCAAGUCAUAUUGUACGUUUGGCUUUAGAGGAAUUGUAUUCUUGGGGUUCUCUUAAGUGCUUUGCUUAGAGAAUUGGGCUUAACUCGUUGAAAAAGGGGUUAAGAGUUACUUUGUACGUUAGAUUGAGUGAGUAAUACGAAUAUACAUUCUUUAUCAAUCUCACAUCAGCUGCUUUGAGCUCUCUGUUUAACGAGCAAAUGUACCAUUUUGCUAAUGUAAAAGUAGAAUAGUUAUGACCAGUCUUCUCAAAGAUAUUAACUUUGUACAGAGAGACAGGCUGAGCCUAAUUAAAUAAAAAUUAUGUGAACUUUUUUUU